AACAUGUCAGAUAAACACAGUCCUCAUCUGUUCCAGCCUGCCUCUCAGGGUGGAGUAUUUAACACCGAUAUGCUCCAUUAGCCACAGUCACCUGUGUCACCAUGGAGAUCGCCACAAGAUGUGAGGUUGGUGCAGUGGGGGGUCCAUCGUCAGACUCCGUUUCCCAUGACAUCCCUCAACCACAGUCACCCCCUUCUGUGAAAAUACGGAAAACGGCUUUCAAAUUUUUUGGAGGUCGCAAAAGCAUCUGUGUUCUACCUAGCUUUUUUGGUGGUCGUGGUAAAAGUCAAAGAAAGGGGUCAUCAAAAACAGGAGUAACUAAGAGCCAGACAUAUGAUGGGGUGAGCCGAGCAUGCUGGGAGGAUUUGGGUAGAAGUAGCAGUGAAGUGGCAUCAGGGGACUUUGAGUUCUGCACCUCCAGUGAACCUCAGAAAUCACAGGACGAUCAUGGGAAGUCACAGUCUUUGCCAAGACAGCGCAGGGGUCUUCGAGGACUUUUCAGCAGCAUUCGGAGACACAGGAAAAACAAAAAUGUUGAAGUAGAAAAGCGUGAGGCACUUGAAAUGUCUUCAAGCUUCCAUGCCAAAACAGUGCCUGGUGCCCUGCCGAGUGUCAGUGACCGUGGCGAUAACCAUGGAGACAGUCAGGGUGAAGAGCUGGUGCCAGAUGUGCCUAAUCAAACUGCAGGCAGUGAGUGUGAACUGCCUUUGGUUGCUACUGAAUGUACGAUAGAUGUAACACUAGUGCCUGAAAAACGGAGGAGCAGAGUAGAGAUGGAAAAGAGGAGGAGAGCAGAAGAAGAGGAGAAUGGGGAAGUUGAGAAAACUGGCAGACGGGAAGGACUGAUGACAUAUCAUCAACCCUUGUCUGCUGAGUCUGAAUUGGACCGUUUGGCUGAGCAGAAUGUGGACAUUCCUGAUGGAGAGCCACCUGUUGCAUCCUGCUCCUCUGAGAACUUAGUCUUUGGUGAUGUGUCAUCGUUAAAGAGCUUUGAUUCGCUGACCGGUUGUGGAGAUAUCAUUGCAGACCAGGAUGACGUCAGCGUCGCUGAGAGCUCAGUGUCUGCUGACAGAGGCAGUCGAAAUGCAGGAAAACGUAGCUCAUGUUUUGUCACAUAUCAAGGUGGGGGGGAAGAGAUGGCAACCCCCGAUGAGAUAGACGCGGAUUACCUGCAGAGCUUAUGGGAGUCAGAAACUAGUAAUGAAGUCUGCUACAUCCCCUCAGAUAGGGGCUCAGAUAGCCCUUCACUCACCCCUGAUCAGCAAAUCAGCUCCAUCCGUGCCACCUCUAGUAGCAGCCCAAUGGGAAUCACAGAAACGGCCCUCACUCCUGCUGACCUCUUGAGUCCACAGAGUGAUCGGCAGGAGUCGGUACCCAACAGUGACGAGGGAUACUAUGACUCCACCACGCCAGGAAUGGAGGAGGAGAGUAGAGAACGUCCACACCAGGAAAGGCUUCCACGGGACAGCUACAGUGGUGAUGCCCUCUAUGAACUUUUUGAGCCUGAUGAUCACCUGCUCAGUCCUUCUCUUCCUCCUAAGGAUCCCCACUCAUUUGUUGGUGCAGCCUUGCAGGCUGAUAAGAGUCCAACAAACCCUCUAUACUCCCUGGCUUCUACUGCAAUAGAGACAGGAGCCAUGGAGACAGAGGAGGAGCGCCUGAGCAAGAUCCAACAUGCCCUUCUGUGCUGUGAGCUUCAGAAUCUCAGGAGUCCAUCCAAAAACCAGCUUUUGUUCCAUUCCGACUGCUUUUAUGAUGAUUCAAACCUUCCAGUUGGUGAUGGUAAGCAAGAUUUGCAAGAAGUUAUCCAUCAGCGCUAUCCCCAAUCACCAACAAGAUCCCAGGCUGUAAAAGAGGGAGUCCCUCUCAUCAGGGGUCAGGUCCAGGAGAGUUCGAUAUUCGCACCCCAUGCUGAUUCGGUGUUUAAUCCACAAGCCAUCGAGACAACCAGAACGCAGCCUCAAUCUGACGAUCAAAGCUCAUUAAGACCCUCCAGAGGUUGCAGCCAAUCCCAAGAAGAGCUGAUGGUCUGUUUCUCCCAAGCCUUGGUAGAUUUUACUAAGAACACCCGACUUUACCGCAAUUCAACUGAAAGUCUUGAUGGCUCUGAGUUAAGUUCUCCUUUUGGCCCAAGUCUGAGAGCCCUGCCUGCUAUUGUCACAUUCGAUGUGGUCGAUAUGGAGAAUGAGGGUGAGUGUGAGCAGCAGACUGAGCUUGUAGAGGAAGAGGAAGAGUUGGCAUCUCCUUAUGAGCCAUUCGAAGAUGAUGGCUGUUACCUUCAACAAGACGCCUUUGCUGAGUGUGACCAGCGUACUUUUGAUGCUUAUGAACAGAGUCUGCUGCUCAGCAAUGCUUGGGGAAUUGCAAGCCUUCCUCGGCACCUCAGUUUGGGUCGACCUUGUCCUCCAGUCCCUGCCCCUUUAGCACUAAAUCGCAGAAGUCGCUCUCUUGACACAGACAGUCUGGAGUUUCAGACAAGUGAAAUUUACACAAGCAUAAAUAAGUAUGACUCAAAAGGCACUGCAUUUUCACAGUGCAGGACUGUUGAUUGUGCUGAUAUGGAGUUACCUCGACAGCCCUGCAGGGUUACUGUUGAAAGCUGGAGGCGGGGCUACAGACAGAAUUUUGAUUCCAGCAAUGCUUCUCAGCAAGAACGGAAGUUGCCACAUUUUAACCAAUCCACUGUCAGACCUUCACACCUGCCCCUAAAGAACAACUGCCGUAGUCGUAACUCCCCUGCUGCCUCUAGAGUGGAUGGUGAGGGUGAGAUUUUGUUUGGUGGAGGCGAUGCGCUUUAUCCUUGCAGUUACCCUCCUACAGGCACACAUUGGAAAAAUCGACCUGUCGGGGUCACCCAGGGUGUGCCACAUCUUCGCUCUGAGAAAUCUGCAGACCAUCAAGAAAUUACAGUGAAGAACAGGAGGGGGGAACUUAAGAGUGGCUUCACCCCUCAACCCCCCAAAUUAUGAACAAUAUUCCCCAUCCAAAAUGAAACCGUAAUACAAAUAGACAAGUCUCGUCACCAAAGACGAUGCUGGAUGUUUACUGACACUCUUGAAUUGUAUGACACUCUCACACAUACACAUACACGCUGUAGUUGCUGUUACUGCCGGAUAAGCUAUUGUAUUCUUUUGUGAGGUAUUGUGUAGUUUUUUGAGCUGUUUUAGUUUCUGUGAGUUUAAGAGGACGUGCAUUUGUACCUUGUGUGUUACAACAGUUUUCAGCAGGUGCUGUCUAUAUAUAGAUGCCAUAUUGCUUUGCAUUUAUGUAGCCAGGAAUUGCCAUUGCAAUUGAUCCAUAUUGUUCGAAUGUUUUGUUUUAUUAUAUUUGCAAAGAAGACAACGACAUUAUAUAAAAUCCUGCAAUAGCAUUAAAACCAAUACAAUCUUACAAGCCUAUUCAAACAUCAAGCUUAGUUUGAACAGAUCAACAAAUCCUUUUUAAUACAUUUUUUUUCGAUUUCACAAUAUGCUGUAUGUUUCGAGCUAUUAAUGUUUGCAAUUUUGAAAUGUUUUAAAGGGCAUCUAUUUUACCCCUUUUACAAGAUAUAAGCUAAGAUUUGGGGUCUCCAGAAUGUGUCAAUUUCAGCUCAAAAUACCCAUCAGAUAAUUUAUUAUAGCCUUCAGAAUUUACCCAUUUUGGUGUCUGAGUACAUUGUAGCUGUUUUUGUAGACUGUGGCUUUAAAUGCAAAUGAGCUGCUUCUCCCCACUCAUGUUUAUAAACAUUUUAAACUUACAAAAUGUAUAAAAAUCAUAGAGAGUUGUAACAAAUAUUUUUAUCCCAGUUUAUUUGUAAAAAAUGUUCUGUGGACAUGUGUAAACAUGUUACUAUAGACACAUGGCUUCUGUCAAUAAAUUCGGUGGGCGGGGAAAACCACACUUCUACGUCUGGCCUCAAAAUCACUGGGAUUUGGAUCCUAUUUUAACGUUACAUUAUAAAACCCAAAAAGUUAAGGUAACUCAAACCAUUUGAGAAAACCGAUUGCAACAAGCUAUUUAAGUUAAAAAACUAAUCCUAAUGAGUACUGUGAACUUAAUUUCCAUUUCCAUUUGAGUAAACAUAGCAGUUUGAGCACAGUAAAUCCCGAUACAUGAAGAAAACUCUAACCAACUGAGUACUGUAAAACCCAUUAAGUUGACAACUUUAUUUUAGAAACUCAAAUCGUUUGAGGAAACCGAUUGCUACAAACCAUUUAAGUUAAAAACUAAACAAUAAGUUAAAAACUAGUCCUGUGAACUUAUUCCAUUUAGGUUGAAGUACCUUCAACACUGAGUUCAAAACUCUUUUCAAAUGAGUAGAAUUAACUUUCAGUAAAUUUUGAGUUAACUUCACUCCUUUCAUUUGAUAAAGUUGACUGUUGGGUUUUACAGUGUAGGAAGUUAAAAAAAGAGACUUGUUGGAUUAUAUAUCCAACUACAGUGGACACACUAUACAUGCACAGUUCUGUACAAACAGCUUACAAAAAUUCUCAUCAUAGGUGCCCUUUAAGACAUGUUGUUUAGUGUCACAUUUUUAUUGUUUUUUUUCGGCACAGCACACACUACAUUAAAGGGACUGUUCACCCAAAAAUGUACUCAAGCUCAAGUGGUUCCAAACCAAUUUUUCAGAAAAUUUUAAAGAAGCUCAAAACCUGAAACGAUCACCUUCUAUAGCAUUUGUUUUUCCUACUAUGCAAGUUAGUUGUUACAGGUUUUCAGCUUCUUCAAAAUAUCUUCUUUUGUGUUCAACAGAAGAAAGAAACUCCUGAUGGUCUGGAACCACUUGAGGGUGAGUACAUAGUAAAUUAAAAUUUUUAGCUGAACAAACCCCUUAAUAGAAAAAAAUGCACGUUAAAUCUUAUUUGCCAUAUUCAAUGGCAUUUUGUCCAACAUCAUUGUUGCACAUCUGUACACUGUAUUUUCUGAAGACUCCAGGAACUGUCUAGAUUCUGGAUCAGUUCAUUUGCUGCUAAACAUGAUUGUUUGGGAAUACUCGAGUACAAAAUGUAUUAACGUGUAUUGUAAGCAUAUUUGAGUAUUCUCUGCGUACAUCCAAGUCAGUUCUGGCUUAAAGUCUUCAGCAAAUAUGAUCCAUUUAGUUGAUAAUCAAAGGGUACUAUCUUGAGUCAUCUGAGACGGAAUGUCAGUAAAGCCUUUAAUGAAGUAAUGUAAUUGUUAUCUGCUGUUGUACUACAGUCACGAUCAUCUACCCUCAUCUGAAUGCCAAAGUCAGCUUAAUGCACUUACCAUUUUUAGUCAGUGCUUAUAUUCAGCUUUUAACAAUGAAUCGACCUUUGCGUUUCCAUGCAGGUGAAUGUAGUGCUGUUCAUUGUUUCUUUUUUUUGUUUGGUACAUUUGUGUGACUGAAAACGAAUGUCUUUUCCCUUCUUUUUGGACCGACAUAAGUGAAAUCAGAAAGCUAAAAUAAUAACUUGUGGUCAUUUAAUACACAUGGAUGUACAUACACAAGGAAUGUUAGAAGUCUUGGCAUUCAUUUGACUCAAUGUUGUCAUUUUCAAAGUUUUGAGCACAUCCCUAUUGCACCACUGCCACAAUCUGUUUCCACAUAAGGAUUCGAACGAUGACUGGAAAUAAACCUUUGCGACAUCA